UCUUCGGAAUAGCAUCAGUUGCAAGCCAUUCCAACUAUCAUCAACAUGAGGUACUCUUGCGUUCUCCUAUUCCUGGCCCUGUUCGGCUGUGUCCUGGUGCGACAGACCAGUGCACAGACCACGACCACAACCUCCGCAUCGGCCACAACCGUUGCAGCCACCACAACCGCGGCAGCCACCACAACCGCGGCAGCCACCACAACCGCAGCAGCCACCACAACCGCUGCAGCCACCACAACCGCAGCAGCCACUACAACAGCUGCAGCCACAACCACUGCAGCCGCAACCACUACAGCCAGUGCCACUACCGCCGCCACCACUCCCUCAAAACCAGCCGGCAAAGUGACAAUACGCCGCAGGAGAGACAAGAAGAACAAACCCAAUGUAACGAUCGUCCGCAAGCACCGCAAGAAGAACAAGGGCAAGAAAAACAAAUGGAGCAAAUGGGGCAAGAAGUGGUAAUGGCAGCAAUCGAGCAACUGAUCCUGGAACUGAUCCCGACCCGAACGAAUUCCUUCCUAAUUUCUAAUUUCUAAUUUUAAUUAAUGUUUUUUGUAUAGUUUUAAGAGCAAUUAAAAGAAACCCCAUUCAAAUAA